GGGAGCAAAUAUGGUAAUCUUGAUUUUUUCCAAUACUCCCUUUCUUCCCACUGGCCGCGACAAGCUUUUCAUUCUACCUGCAAAGAGAAACAAAGCAUGGAUUUUUCUGAAGAAUGGAAAUCUCUAUGGCCAAUCUCUUCAUCUUAUUCUCCACCACUUCUUCUCUCAAAUUCACACCAACAACAACAAGAACCCUCUUCAAAACGAGCCCGUAUUAAUAAUGAUACUCCAAUUGGUCCUUUGUUUUUCAAACCAUGUCAAGAAACACUAAAACUACUCCUUAACUCUCCAUUAUUAUCAACUAAGCUUCCUCACCCAAUCCCUGAUUUUUCUUUACCAAGAUUCCUUCAAACUAAUAGUACAACACUUCCUUCUACAUCUUCUUCUAUUGCUACACAGUUAAAUCCAAAUGUUAAUGACACAAUUCAUAACUUUAAUGCAAUUCAAUUGCUUCCUUUGCCUAGUUUUGGUGGAAAUAAAAAACCCUUUUCAGUUCUUGGAAUUUGUCCAACUGGUGAGAAUUAUGAUCAAGUUGGGUUUUUUAUACUUUGUAAUGAAGAUACCCAAUUUGUUGUUAAGAAAUUCAAGAAUGGGGCAUCUUUUAUAGUGGAUAAGCAUAAGUUGAUUUUUAGGAUUUUGAGGUUGUUGGUGAAUCCAGUUAGUGGAAUUGAUGAGAGUUGUUCAUCUGGUGGUUAUGUUACUUUUGGGUAUUUGUUGGUUUGUACUUUGUAUUCUGUUCAUUGGUAUAGUGUGAAGAUUAGGGUUAAAGGAGUUGAAAGUGUUAUGUUAGAUUAUUUGGGUAGUAAUGAUAGAUAUUUGUUUAAGGGUUGUAGUGUUUCUCAUGCUUGUUGGAGUCCACAUUUGAGAGAAGAGUGUGUUGUGUUGUUGGAAAAUGGUGAUUUGUUUUUGUUUGAUAUGGAAAAGACUCGAGCUUUGUUUGCUUGUGAUGUGUUGCAAGGGAAGAAAUUGCGGGUUUUGUGGGAUAAGUUGGAUAGAGAUGAACAGUGGCUAAGCUGUGAAUUUAGUUGGCAUCCGAGGAUUUUGAUUGUAGCAAAUUCAAGGGCUGUGUUUUUGGUGGAUUUGAGGUCAGACAAGUGCAAAGUUUGCACCUUGUUAAAGAUUGAGGAUGUGUCAUUGGGUAGAACCGAUAGUUUUCUUGCACUCUCUAGAGUGGAGUCUGACCCCUUUUGUUUUACUGUCAUUUCUGGACGUUUACUUCUUCUUUGUGAUGUGCGGAAGCCAUUGAUGCCGUUGUUGCGAUGGGUACAUGGUCUGAAUAAUCCAGGUUAUGUGACUGUUUUAAGAUUGUCGGACAUGAGGCGAGGUAGUAGAUAUGAUGAAUGGGGAUGGGCUACUGAAUCAGGGCGUUGCAUUUUGGUAGGAUCGUUUUGGGACUGUGAAUUUGCUCUAUUCUGCUAUGGGCCAGGUGACAAUCGCAGCCGUAAACUUCCAGAAAUCUCGAGGCUCAGUAAAUCAGUCUAUGCUUGGGGACAACCUUCAGGCUUUUCGCUGUCUGGUCGCGAUUGCUGUUGUGAAAGUUGUCUUAUGAGAGCAGAUUACUAUAAAGACAUUCUUCCUGAUUGGAUAGAUUGGAGGCAAAAGAAAGUCAUUGUUUUGGGGUUUGGCAUUCUCAACCGUGGCCUUUAUAUCGGAUCAGAUGAUACUGAUAGUUCAGUAGGGUUUUUUCUUGUGAGGUUAAUGUCCUGUGGCAGUGUAGAAGCUCAGAGAUACACUGCAGCAUGGGACUCUGAGGUAAAGUCAGAAGCACCUUAUGGAGGAAAUUCUCUAUGUUCUGAAAAUAACCUUCUAUAUGAUAUGAGUGUUGAAGAAUUGAAAUUUGAAAAGAAAUACAACUACCUGGGCCUUGACUUUCUUAAAGAGUAUCUGAAUGGGGAACUAACUAAAAGCCUUAGUAGGAAAAACAUAGACAAUCAACAGGAUUCAGAUGAAAACCGGACAGAGUUCCACCAGCAAAUAUGUCAGAAGCUUAAAGAAUGUGGCAUCACAAGACUGAGAUCAUCUUUAACCGUUUCUGAUGUUAUCAAAGGUAUCAGCUUGCCAGCAAGCAUUUAUGAGAUUGCUCUAGAAAGCAUUUCCACCAGUUUGCCUAAUAAUCUUCUGGGGUUUGCUUUCUCUGCCUUCUUGAGAUUCCCCGAACUUCCCUUGAAACUGAAGAAAGGUUCUCUAGAAUUUUCUGACAUUCUCGACAAACUAUAUCCAUUGCCUUUUCCCUUGCAUAAAUGUUGUAUUGACGAGACACCGGAUAAAGUUCAGCCUUGUAGUUCUUCUACUCCCAUUCUUCCUCCUCCUUUUCUGGUAGCUCUUAAAAACCUCCAAAUUGCUGAAAGAGAUAUAUUGCCACUUGAUGCGGAAAUGAGGCUUCAGAGUGAUAAAGUUAUGAAGGUGGCCCGUGAAAUCGGUCUGUCACACUCUGGUAUUGAGCCUGGUGAUGGCUAUGCAGUUUCCCUUGAUGCAGAUACUGAAUGCCAGCCUCUUUGUCUACAUGAACCCGUGUCAUUCUCUGACUGUGAUAUCUCCAAAAUGGAUUCGGUCGGAGUAGAACCUGAUAAAAGAUUUACAACCUUCAUCUAUAAAAAGCACCAAACACCUAUCUCAAAUGCCGGCAAAGAGAUGACAGGAGUGGAGUUGUUCGAUGAGGGUUGUCCAGUAGAGCUCAAAUUCAAUGAUAGUCUCACCAUGAUGGGAGCAAAUGAGCUGGAAACCUUUAAAAAGUUGAAACAAAAGGACUUAGAUUUCCAGAAAAAUUUUAAGUUGUAUCAAGAGUAUUUAAGUGGAUGUCAUAUGUGGAAACAAGGUCCUUAAUUAGGUUUUGGAUUUGCAAGGUUGGUAGAAAGAACUAGGAUGACCACUUGAAGAAAACACAUUGAGGCUGAUGGAAGGAAAUCAAUAUAGAGGGCAGUAUUUGGCAUUCUGUAUGCCUCUCAAAUUAUCUCACAUACACCUCUCUUUUAAAUGAUCAAAUUAAGAAGCAAACUAUUUGACCACAUGCUUGGGGAAUAAAAAUUGAGGAGAGAAGAAAUUGGAGCUUAUGCACACCUCUCUGAAAUUGCAUAGGCCAUUCAUGUCACAGUAAUUGUAUUCCCCUCCGUUUCUUCAAGGCUUAGCUGAUAUUAUACCGAAGGAAACUUUUCUCUGGAAGUUGAAGCUUCUUGGAUCUGUUUCAUCUUAUUCAAAUUCCCGUCUUCAUGCUGUUAAUGCUGAAGUACUCAUGAUUGCUAGGAUAUUCUCUCUGUAUUCCAUGUGUGCAUCAGCUUGAAUUUUUUCUGCCUGUUGGAUAAACAUUUUUAAGGAAGUGAUGGAAUUGAAUUGUGCUUCCAAGUGGAGAUGAAGCUCAGAGGCUUGCAAAUUCAUGAAGAAAGUGCAAAGUACAAUACUUUAAAGACAAUGGGCAUACUAUUCUAUUGGUAGAUGAGGAGUUUUUCUUCCUUUCGGAUCUUCUCAUGCUUCUUCGUUUUUCUAAAAUAACUAGCUGCUUUCUUCGUGUAGUUAUUGUCCUUAGUAUAUAUGUAGUAAAUUUAGCUGGAUGGUUGCUGUAGAGAGCCUCAAUAACUUAUGAUUGUUUUAAACUUGAAAUUUGAUAAUUUGAUCUAAUUAUCAAUUGUUUUUCUUGUUCUCUGGUUGGUAGUAAUCCUAGAAAUAGAUUUUGAGACAACUCUGGAUUCUUACUUUAACUUUAUUUUUUGAUAACUGAGAAAUCCUAAGGGCCAAUGGCACACGGUCCAAAACUCAGUGGGUACUGGAUAAUGGGCCCGCCCCUCUACGCUUCCCACUUAAAUGCUAGGCUUGUGUUCGCGGCAGGGUUCCAACUAUGGCAUGCGCCUAACCCACACAUCAUGUUUUUUGCGCUCUUAUGGGGGCUUGAACUCUUACUUUAAAUUAAUGAGCUAAGUAAGCUGUUUGCUCAAUUAUUUAAAUGUUCUAUGGACUAUUCCACCUUCAAUAUAUGACAGCGCUUGCUAUUUGCACUUCUUAGUUUUCAAAUUGAGAACCGUUGAGUAAUCUUAAAGAUUUCCCUAAGCACAAGUCUGUCUGGACAUUUAGAUUUAUUUGCUAUCAAGUGGUGUUCACUGUUCAGGUAUAAUAGUAUUUAAGCAAGUUUAUAAGUUUAUCAAGGUCAACAUGAAGUCUGCACUUAAAAGUAGCUUUAGAAAAAUAAAAUAGUCCAUUUUAUAUUUAGAAAAAUAAAAUGAAAUACUCCAUUUUACACAACUGUUAAUUUUCAUAUAGAGGGCCUUCUUAUGUUUCUUUCUUUGUUAUUCUUUUAUUGUAGUUUAACUUAUAUAUCUUGACAUACUUUUUCUAUACGCUUUCUAAAAGUUAAAGCUACACUGGUAUCUGAAAUUCAUGCCUGGUGAGGGUUAAGAUAAGUUGGCACCUAUUCCUUCUCUGUUUCAAUUAAUGUACAUCGUCAACGCAUGAGUGAGUGAAUGGAAAAUCCUAUUUUUGCUAAAUGUAGAUGAAACUCUAGUUUUUCUCCUCCUCUGUUUUAGCUUUUUAAAGUUGUCUGAAAGCAAUGGAAAAUCUAAUCAAAAGACAGAACAUUAGAGCUUUUUUUGGAUUCUUGGGUUUCGUUGAGUCUGGUGACUGGUAGUUUUAUUUUUGUUAUAUGACCUUACACUAUGUGGAUGGAAUCUGUUGCGGGAACUUUGUAGCUGUUGGGUUGAUUGCCUUUUUAACUGUGCAGGAAGAUGGUAUUAAUCUGCUCUCCAUCAUUAAACAACAACAACAACAUACCCAUCAUCAAAGGUACUAGCAAAUAUCGUCGUUCAAAAAGGCAUGAUUAUGUCAUGGAUUUAGUGCCUCCUAGUAUGUCAGAGUUCAAGAAUGCAAUCAAGGACAACAGACAUGUUUUAUCCUACUCGAGUAUCAAAAGGAUCAGAUACAAACCCUUGAAGAAGCAAAGGAUGUGUUGAAAAAAAGCUGGUAUUUCCUAUGAUGAGAUGGUAGCUCGAGAUGCAGCUAGUGGCCCCAAAAAUGACACAAAGGGCAAAGAACACAGUCGGGUAGUUGAGUUUAUAAGUGCAGGAGUAGUUGAAUUAAAUGGACAGAAGGUAUCAACAAACAAUGAGGAUAUUGAGAGCUACCGUGAUUCUGAAGGCAAUAAGAAGGUUGAGAUUGUGCGGAAGGAUGUCCCUGCUGCAGUGUUUGGAGGUUUAACCCGCAAGAGAGAAAAAGAAGAUGAAGCUGAGGAUGGCUAAGCUGCCAGGAAUAAAGAUAAUGUUGGCCAUCUAGGUACUCUACAACAACAUACCCAGUGUAAUCCGACAAGUGGGGUCUGGGGGAAGGUAGGAUGUACGCAGACCUUACCUCUAGAAAGAAUAAAACGAAGAAGACAAGGCUCUCAGAGGUUGUUUGUAUUCUUUUGUUAUACUAGUUUGAAUAGAAGAGUUUGAGCUGUCUCGUAAUCCUGAAAAUCAAAGUUACUUUGUUGUGAUAGAAGUUGUGUACAUAGAUUUGUCGUUUCUUUCAAUGGGAUACCAUGCUAUUGGUUGGAUUUGAACCUUCCACCUCUCCAAGUGAACUGGUCUUCAAUUCCCUACAUCAUUUGUUAUUCAUAUACACUUUUUUU